AAUUUCCCCUUCUUCCCUAUUUUCAAAUUCCCACAAACACUUCCCUUCUUCCAAUCGAAGAUUUCGAUUCUUCUUCUGAAAUCUCAUGUCUUCUUCUCUUCCUCUCUAUUUCUGUUCUCUCCUCUUCUCUCUCUCAUCUCUUUCCUUUCUCCAUUUCCUCUUCCUUUUCACUGCCAUUACAUAAAAACCCAUCUCCAUCAUCUCUCCCAAUCCAACUCCUCUUCAGUCCUACUUUCAUGCCAUAACCAAAAUACCCUCAAGAGAAUCCACCACCUCUCCAACGGCUUCCGAGGCACCUCCAAUUUCAGCGAUCUCGAAAGUGCCAUCUCCGAGUUUGAUUCGAUCUCGAAAUCUGAUACUUUCGCCUGGAAUUCAUUCAUAAAAGCCCAUGUCGAUUCAGGCAUGUUGGAUGCUGCUCUUGGCCUCUAUAGGAAGAUGCAGGAAUCGUGUGUACUGCCUGAUAAUUUCACUCUUGCUAUAGUAAACAGAGCGAUUUCGGCCCUCCCAGGUUGUCUCCGACAUGGGGAAAAGAACCAUUGUCUCGGAAUCCAGAUGGGCUUUGGGUCAGAUGUCUAUUUCUGCAAUACGUUGAUCGGAAUGUAUGGGAGAUGUGGUCGCAUUGAUUAUGCUCGGAAGGUGUUCGACGAAAUGUCGCAGAGGGAUUUGGUUUCUUGGACCUCGAUGAUUUCGGGUUAUGUUCGGUUUGGAAAUUUCCACGAUUCAUUUCAAGUAUUCCGUGAAAUGCGAAUGGCAGAAUUCGAACCCAAUUCAGUGACGUUGGUGACCAUGUUGCAGGCAUGUUCUAUCAUCGGCAAUGUGGUUCAUGGUAGACAAUUUCAUGGUUAUGGUAUCAGGAAAGGAUUUGAAAGCUAUGAGAUUGUGAGGAACUCUAUCUUGACAAUGUAUACCAAAACAGGUAGUUUCAAAGAUGCGGAAAGUCUUUUUGGCAUGACUGAAAUGCCAGAUGUUGUGUCGUGGAAUAUAAUGAUUUCAGGGUAUUCCUCAAAAGGAGAUCUUUUGAAAGUAGCUGAGAGUUUCAAUGUAAUGAUGAGGCUUGAAGUGAUUCCGAGCAUUGAAACACUGACCUUGCUUAUCUCUGCCUCCACCAAGUUGGGAAAUUUUCUUCUGGGAAAAAUAAUACACAGCUAUGCAGUGAAAAAAGGACUAAAUGAUGUGUUUUUACAGACUUCUCUUGUCGAUUUUUAUGCAAAGUGUGGUGAUUUGGGAAUAUCAACUCAGUUGUUCGAAGAAAUUCAAGAGAAAAACAGUAUUUCAUGGAGUGUUAUGAUGUCCGGUUUCAUACAACAGGGCUACUACAAAGAGGCGAUUGAAUUGUUUCGCAGAAUGCAAGUUUCCAACUUAAAACUGACUGUUGAUAUCUUGAGAGGCCUUGUUCUCACAUACAUCCAUUUGGGUGCUUUGCAAUUGGGUAAAGGAGUCCAUGGCUAUGUGAUACGGAACAGGCUUUAUGGUGUCGAAGAUAAUACAUCCAUGGAAACCUCAUUCCUAAACAUGUAUGCGAAAUGCGGAAACAUUGUUUCUGCAAGAAAGUGUUUUGAUGGAAUGGAAGUCAAAGACGUUGUAUCAUGGACUUCGAUGAUUGACGGCUAUGGAAUCCAUGGGUUUGGUUUGGAAGCUUUGGAACAUUUCGAUGCAAUGGUAUCAGAAGGGGUUGAACCAAACAACAUCACAUUUCUAAGCUUGCUAUCUGCUUGCAGCCAUUCGGGCCUAGUGAAUGAAGGCUACAGGGUUUUGGAUCUCAUGAGCUCGAGAUUUGGGAUCAAACCAGAUUUAAAUCACUACACUUGCCUGGUGGAUCUUCUUGGUCGAUCCGGGAAGCUUGAGGAGGCUCUGCGGGUGAUAGAAAACAUGACAGUCGAGCCCGAUAGUAGGAUUUGGGGUGCAUUGCUCGCAUCCUGUAGGAUUCAUUCAAAUGCCGAACUUGGAGCAUAUGCAGCUCGACGGGUAUUUGAUUUGGAACCCAAGAAUGCUGGCUAUCACAUUGUAUUGAGCAAUGUUCAUGCAAGAGGUGAGAGGUGGGGCGAAUCUGAAAAUGUGAGGACAAUGAUGUGCGGAAAGGAUUUGAAGAAGAAACCUGGUUGGAGCUGCAUAGAAGUAGGAGGGGGGCUUCAUGGGUUUGUUGUUGGAGAUAGUUCACACCCUCAAGCAAUAGAAAUAUAUAGGAUUUUGGGCUGUUUGGCUAAGAACAUGGACGAAGGUGGCUAGGUACUACGUAGCUGAAUUUGACCAGGAUCCUAUGAUCAUGGCACAUUUAUACUCCCGCGUAAGGCAAAGGCAAAGGCAUAACUGACACCAAUCGGCCCUUGAUGGUGGAGAUCGUCAAUCUUGACCCAAGUUAGUCCUUUGACAAAGGAUGAUCAUACAUCUUAUAGUAUGAUGUCCACAAAUGUAUCCUAAGCAUUUGUGACAGUCAUUGUUUAACAUGGUAUUGAAAUUUCUGGAGAGCAA